AACACUCACCGUUCAAAGAAUUGCGCAUUUAGCUUUAAAUUUGUCCAUUUUCCUCGCCUAAAACGAAACUUCAACUAGUAUUUGAUAAUGGAAACUUUAAGCAGCGCUCCGCAGUUGCUCAGAGAGCCUGUAUCCUUUGCCCAACUCGUGGACAAGGGCGUCGAGUUCGAAAUGGACGAGGCGCAGUUCAAGUACGACGAGGACAGUGACGAAUUCGAGGAUUGCGAGGAGGACUCCCAAGGAACAGAAGCCCUCCGUUCGCCCUGGCUGCAUCCCUUCGACGAGCUGCGCGCUCUGAUGCAGCCCAUCGGCGAGCACAUCUUCAAGCGGAUCAUCCGCCAGGGCCACGUGGAUCGUGACCCGGUGCCGGACAAGGCGCGUGUCUCGAUGCGCUAUAGCGGCUACUGGGAGGGCGUGGGCGCCCCCUUUGACUCCUCGCUGCUGCGCGGCACCAAGUACGAAUUCGAGACUGGCACAAAUACAGUUCUUGAGGGACUGGAGGCCGCUGUGCGUACCAUGCGUCCUUACGAGCAGGCCGAGUUCAUAAUCUCCUACAAGCUGCUCUUCCGAGAGCUGGGCUGUCCGCCUCGCAUCAAGCCCAUGGCCGAUGGGCUGUUCAAGAUUGAAGUCAUAGACUAUACCCUGAUUGGGGAUGGGCAGGCCAUGGAAAAUAUACCCAAGGAGGAUUGCGACAAGUUCUGUGUGGUGUAUCCCAAGGCCCAGGAUUUGCAUUUGUAUGGCAAGGAUUGUGUGAAGCGUUCACGUUUUCGCUGUGCUGUCACAGCCUUCGAGAGGGCCCUGGACUCGCUGAACUACUGUCGUCUGGCCAACGAGGAGGAGGAGCGCCAGCAGACCGCCCUGCUGCUUACGCUUUCUCAAAACCUCAUGGUCUGCUUCAACAAGCUGGGUCAACCCCGACGCGUCUGCAUUGCAAUGAAGGAUGUACGCCGUCUAACCAACAACGAUCCCUCGUGCAAGGCUCUCUUCCAUGAGGCUCGCGCCUUGACCGCCCUGGGCGAGUACAAGCGGGCCCGAACGAUUCUCAUGCAGGCGCAUGCCAAGCAGCCAACCAAUGCGGAGAUCAACGAGGAGAUUAAACUGCUGGAAAAUCGUAUCACCAAGUACGAAGAGUCCAGCCGCGAUCUAUGGUCCCGGGCCUUGUGGGGCAAAAAGGCCAAGGAAAAUCUACCUGUCUCCGAGACCAAAGGAAACUCUGCUAAAGAAGCCAAGUUUAAGCAGGAACUCGAGGAAUUGAUCAAGCAAUUUGAAAGCUCUGAGAGGUUCUCAAUUGGACUUAGCCGUCAUGUCUACUCGGAGGGGAUGUUGGAAGUGCUCAGUGAUAUGGCCAAGGAUCACAAUAUGAAGCUUAAUUACUCGCCAAUUCACGAGGAUCUUGUGACUUUGUCCAAGGAGGAAAAGUGAAGAAAGAAGAAAAAUCUGGGAUCUGGAAUCUCCCACUAAAACAUACUUAAUCUACCAAAUAUCAAGUGCCAUGAAGACUAGGUUCACGAAGAACCAUCAAUUUUUGUUAUUAACUAAUCACCAUUCAAAUUUUCAUUCAUAAAAACAAGAAUCUCAUGGUUUUGUUACCUUAAAUGCCUUCCAAAUGAAAUCAAAGACACAUUUUCGUUAACUUUUAAGUUCUUGAAGGACUAAACACUUUUGUUAUAUUACAUUAAUUAAAUGUAAAACCUUACAACUUA